UAUACAAAAAAGAAAAAUCAAGAUUUUUCUUUUUUUGUAACAAAUACUUGGUUUUCAUCAAUAAAGCAUUCACCUUUUUCAUCUUUUUUGUAUUCUUAGACUCAUUAUUAGUCCCUUUUUUGAAGGGCCAAAAUUAGAGAAAAACCCAAAUGAGGACUAAUUGUUUCUUGUUACUAUUACUAUUUUUCUUUCUUUUUGUUCUUAGUUUCUUGGAUAUCACCACAGCCCAGAUUCCAGGUUUUAUAAGUCUCGACUGUGGUGGUCAAAAUAAUUUCACAGACAAGAUUGGCCUUGAGUGGACCCCCGAUAAUCAAAUCAUAUAUGGGAUCGCAAGUAACAUAUCUGUCACAAAUGAGACGAGACAACAGUAUCAAACUGUCAGAUAUUUCCCAGCAGAUAGCAGAAAAUAUUGUUACACACUUAACGUUAAAAGUAGGACCAGGUACCUUUUAAGAGCAACAUUCUUAUACGGUAAUUUCGAUAACAACAAUGUUUACCCAAAAUUUGACAUCUCCAUGGGAGCCACUCAUUGGGCUACAAUAGUCAUUUCAGAUGCUAAUACUAUUGAGUCUCAAGAGCUGAUAUUUUUGGCUUCUGGCUCUACUGUUAGCGUCUGUUUAUCAAAUGCUACAACUGGACAGCCAUUCAUCUCUACCCUUGAGCUCCGUCCAUUCAAUGGCUCAAUAUACCUUACACCUUUUGAAAACCAAUUCUUUCUUAGUGUCUCUGCAAGAAUUAACUUUGGGGCAGAAAAUGAAGAUUCGAUUAGGUACCCAGAUGAUCCAUUUGAUAGAAUAUGGGAAUCUGAUUUGGUGAAAAAAGCAAAUUAUCUUGUUGAUAUUGCUCCCGGGACAGAUAGGGUAUCGACGAAGUUGCCUAUCGAUAUUGGGAAAGACGAACAACCACCUCAGAAAGUUAUGCAAACAGCUGUCGUGGGCCGUAAUGGAAAUUUGACUUAUCGUAUGAAUUUGGAUGGGUUUCCUGGAUAUGGUUGGGCUUAUACUUACUUUGCGGAAAUCGAAGACUUGGAUCCCGACGAGACCAGAAAGUUCCGUCUAGUUCUUCCUGGAAACCCAGAGCUCAGUAAAGCGGUUGUUAACAUUCAAGAAAACGCUCAGGGGACACACCGUUUGUAUGAGCCGGGAUUUGAGAACAUAUCACUUCCGUUCGUUUUGUCGUUCAAGUUUGGGAAAACGGCUGAUUCUACUCAAGGACCUCUUGUUAAUGCAAUUGAGAUUAACAAAUAUCUGAAAAUAGGUGAUGGCUCUUCUGAUGGAGCCGUGGCUGCAAGUUUAGUAUCGGGUUACAUGUCAUUAGAUUGGGCACAAGAAGGCGGCGAUCCAUGUUUGCCGGUUGCAUGGUCAUGGUUGGAGUGUAAUUCAGAUCGUGAACCAAAGAUUACCUCAGUGAAAUUGUCUGGCAAGAACUUGACUGGAAGCAUUCCUUCUGAUUUGACCAAGUUGACCGGCUUAGAACAAUUGUGGCUUGACGGGAAUGCACUUACGGGUCCAAUUCCUGAUUUUACCGGAUGCCCAAAUCUAAAGAUCAUACAUCUCGAGAAUAAUCAGUUGACUGGUGACCUACCCUCCUCGUUAGCAGACCUACCUAAUUUAAGUCAAUUGUAUUUACAAAAUAAUCUGUUAACUGGAGAUGUGCCAUCCAGUCUUAUAAACAAGAACUUGGUCUUGAACUGCACAGGAAACGUAAAUCUUCGUAAAGGAGGUAGCGGCGGGGGACACAAUAGAAAUAUAAUUAUUGGAUUAGCAAUCGGGGCUGCUGCCCUUUUCUUAGGAUUCAUAGCCUCUUGCGUACUCCUUCGCCAGCGAAAGAAAUUUCCCAAAACUGAUCCUAAACAUGCCAUGCCUAUGACGAACAAUGCAUCGACAGAGGCUGCUCAAUCCUUUUCAUUAUCUGAACUAAGAAAUGCCACUGAGAAUUUUGAGAAGAAAGUUGGCUCGGGAGGAUUUGGCACUGUUUACUAUGGGAAGUUAAACGAUGGGAAGGAAAUUGCUGUCAAGUUACUUGAAAAUACCAAUGUUUAUCAAGGCAAGAAAGAGUUUGCUAAUGAGGUGACUCUUCUUUCAAGAAUCCAUCAUAGAAACUUGGUACAGUUUCUAGGGUUUUGCCAAGAAGAAGGGAAGGAUAUUCUUGUUUACGAGUUUAUGCAUAAUGGAACACUCAAAGAACAUCUUUAUGGUCCUUUAGCUAGGGAGAGAGGGAUCAAGUGGAUCAAAAGACUCGAGAUUGCUGAAGAAGCUGCCAAAGGAAUUGAGUACCUUCAUACCGGUUGUGUCCCUUCCAUCAUCCAUAGAGAUUUGAAAACAAGCAACAUUCUUCUUGAUAAGAAUAUGAGAGCCAAAGUUUCAGAUUUUGGCCUCUCAAAGCUAGCAGUUGAUGGGACAUCACACGUAUCAAGCAUCGUUCGUGGUACACUUGGCUAUCUUGAUCCUGAGUACUACAUAUCAAACCGUUUAACAAACAAAAGCGAUAUCUAUGGUUUUGGAGUCAUUCUUCUUGAGCUAAUCUCCGGCCAAGAAGCAAUUUCAAAUUUUGGCAUCAAUUGCCGAAAUAUUGUUCAAUGGGCAAAGAUGCAUAUAGAGAACGGGGAUAUUCAAGGAAUCAUUGAUCCAGCUCUUGGUAACGAAUACGACAUCCAAUCAAUGUGGAAAAUAGCCGAGAAAGCCCUGAUGUGCGUGCAACCACACGCGAACAUGAGACCUUCAAUGUCUGAAGUGAUUAAGGAAAUACAAGAUGCAAUCUUGAUAGAGAGGGGAGGGGAUGCAGCUGCACGAGAGCGUAGCUCUGAUGAAAUGUCAAGACAAACGGUUUUGAACAUGGGAUCCCUUGAUUUAUGUGCCAAUGACCAAGAUUUAUCGAUUGAUGAGUCCUUUUCUCGACCUGGUCCACGAUAGAUUUCGUACAUUUUUUUUAUGUGUUUUUUUUAUUAUUUGAUGUCUGAAUCUUGGAAUGGAAGAUGGUGGUGUUUUAGGAAGUUGGGUUUGGAGUAGUUAGAAUGGUAGUGUGUUGCUGGAGAUGUGAGCUUUUGGUCAUUUUCGUAAGUUUUUGUAGUUGUAGGGGGGUGGGUGUAAAUUUGGGGUGGUUUACCAAUUUCUAUCUUGACUCUUGAGGGUUGAGGAUACAUAAUAGUAAAUUUAAUUUCUUUA